AUCUGCAUCUUCAGCGAGAGGAUUAUUAAGCAUUAUGGUUGAGUUUUCGCUCAUCUCAGUUUUCCUCUGUGGACUGGUCUUGGUUUUGGCUUUGCUUCUCAAAUAUCUGAGAAAACAGAGCAACCAUGAAAAUUUGCCUCAUGGAAGCAUGGGCUUGCCAUUCUGUGGCGAAACUCUUGGCUUCCUCAAACCCCAUGAAUCAUUCUCCUUAGGAAGCUUCUUACAACAACGCUGUUCUAGGUACGGCAAAGUUUUCAAGUCUCAUCUGUUUGGCUCCCCUACCAUCGUUUCCUGCGACUGCGACUUCAACAUGUUCAUUCUUCAGAACGAAGGGAAGCUAUUCGAGGCUGAUUAUCCCAAGGUAAUGCAUUACAUUCUCGGCAACUUGUCUCUCAUUGUUGUCACUGGGGACCUUCAUAAGAAGCUACGGAGCACUGCUGUUAGCUUCGUCUGUGCGGCCAAGUGCCAAUCUACUUUCCUUCCUUCUGUGGAGAAGCUUGCACUCUCGAGUGUGAAUUCAUGGCGUCACUCUAAACAAGUUGGUUUUUAUGUUGAAGCUAAAAAGUUUACAAUCUGUGCUAUGCUGAAGCUCCUUCUGGACAUUAAUCCGGACAAGCCUCUAGGCUCUGAGAUUCUAGAAAACUUCGAGACUUACAUGAGUGGUUUCAUAUCAUUCCCACUGAAUAUUCCUGGAACAACAUUUUCCAAUGCUGUGAAGGCUAGAAUAAGACUCUCGUCCAUUGUCAAAGAGAUAAUAAUAAAAAGGCGUAGAGGUGAUAAUGUGGGGUCGUCAGAAGGAGAGGGCCUCUUAAAUGUGAUAUUGUCAAAGCCUAACCUUUGCGUUGAAGAGAUGGUGAGUAUUGUAUUGGACCUCAUGUUUGGUGGUUAUGAGACAACGGCAAAGCUAUUGUCCUUGAUUGCCUAUUUCCUUGGCCAGUCACCUGAUUUGCUAGAAAGGCUCAAGGAGGAACAUCAAGUCAUUAGGAAAAGCAAAGUAGAUGGGGAAUCACUGAACUGGGAAGACUUCAAGCAAAUGAAGUUCACUCUUGAUGUUAUAAAUGAAGCAACAAGAUAUGGGAACGUAGUCAAAUUUUUGCACAGGAAAGCUAUUCGAGAUGUCAAAUUCAAAGAUUUUGUUAUACCAGCAGGAUGGAAGGUCCUUCCUAUUCUGUCUGCUGGGCAUUUGGAUCCUCUGUUUCAUGAAAAUCCUUCAAAGUUCGAUCCUUCCAGAUGGGAAGACACUUCAACAUGCAAGAAAGUUACAGCAUUUGGUGGAGGCUCACGACUAUGUCCAGGUGCUGAUAUAGCUAGGGUGGAGAUAGCAUUCUUCCUUCAUCAUCUUGUCCUUAAUUAUAGGUGGAAGAUCAAAUCAGAUGACUGCCCACUUGCUAUUCCUUACGUGGAAUUCACCCAAGGGUUGCUAUUGGACCUUGAAAAGUUAAGCUCAUGAAAACACUGGUUUUGGAGAGACACUCGAGAUAUGUGAAUAAAUCUAGUGCGUAUUCAGUUAGCUGGGAUAUCCAGUGUUCCGAUCCGAAGUCUAGAAUCCAAAUCUGGGAUGAUUUAAGGCAUGUGAUAGAAAUUCUAAUUCUAGUUAUUACCCAAAAAAAAUACAAAAAAAAAAAUUCUAAUUCUAGUUCUAGUAGUUGGUACUUGACGAUACUUGGGCUCAAUGUCAAUUGUCCAUGUGAAUAGUAGGAACAGAUUGUUCUGUUAC